GAUUUUCUUUGAAAAAACUUGUUCCCAAUAUGUAUGGGGGACACGACCUAGGGAUGAGCUUCAUAAUGAAAGCUCCCAAAAUCAUCCUAGGGAUUGGCCUCAAUAGGUGGGCAUGGCCUCGGGCCAAGGACUUCGCAUGCGAAGAUGCCUUCGUCCCAAAGAGAUCCAUUGGUAAUGAGACUUCCCGACAAGGGGCAGGGCCCCGAGACAAGGACUUUGUAGAUGAAGAUGCCUUCAUCCUAAAGAAACCUACGGGAAUGAGACUUCUCGCCUAG